AAAGUUAUAUGCAACCCCGGAUAUAAUACAAUACUCGUCCAGAAUGGAUAAAGUUUUUCGCUUGCUGCUUUGGAUAACAAUAUUCUUUCUUAUGGCACGAGGAAAAUUUAAGACUCUGAAUUGUCAACUCUACGACCCAAAGUUAGGUAACUUCAGUAAAUGCGAAAUAAAGGCUGUCAGUAGAACCAAGAAUAUUAUAAACGUUAACUUUGAUAUAUUUAACACUAUCAGAGCUGCUACGAUUGAAGUUGGAAUCUUUAAACGUGAAAAUGGCUGGCAUCCCUAUCUUUAUUCUUUUAGCAUUGAUGCCUGCAAAUUCAUAAAGAAACCAUAUAAUGUAGUUGCGAUACUAGGCUUCGAGUAUAUAAAACCCUAUUCAAAUCUUAAUCACACCUGCCCUUAUAUGGCUGGCACAUCCUUAAUUGUUAAAGGUUUUCAAGUGGAUAUAGAUCAAUUUCGAGUUCGUUUUCCGGUUCCCAAUGGAGAAUACGGAUUAAGACUAUCCAUUUUUAGAAACAAAAUCUUGAAGGCAACUAUUAAUGGAUCUGUUUAUUAUUUCGAUUAUAAGAAUCAAUGAAGCUUAUGGGAAUAAUUUGCAAAUGGAAAUCUGUGUGUUGUCAAAAUAAUUGUUACAUUCUAUUAAUAAUAUUCAAAUUUACUAUCAGCAUUAACAUCAGAUACAUUAUAAGAAUAAUACCAGAAUAAUUACAAAAAUCAUCCAAUAAUUUUUACCGUUGGGAAACCGAAUUGCAAAUCUCAAAAAUCAACAAUUUCCCACA